AUGGGGGGCCCUUCGGCGACUACCCUCUGCGGAUGCUUCUGGAGGCUUCCUCCUGCUCUUGCUGCUGCUGUUAUUCUUGCUGCUGCAGCGGGGCCUCAUCAAUAUGCACUGGGUGGCCCGGCGGGAGCCCUAUUGGGCUCUCUGCAAGCAGGUCCUUUCCUUCUCCGUGCCCCCUCUCAGCAGCAGCAGCAGCAGCAGCAGCAGGAUGAUGAUGAAGGCCCUGCUGCAGUUGGUCGAUCAGCAGGAGGGAGGUCUCUUAAGUUCCCGUUGCUGCAGUCUGUCUUUGGCAGCAGCAGCAGCAGCAGCAGCAGCAGGAGCAGAAGCACAUCUCCCCUAAGCUUUAUAACAGGUGCAAUUGAAGCAGAUACACCCACGAUGUCAGAAGCCCCUGCAGCACUCCUUAGCGGUUUCUCUACUGAUCCGCUGCUGCCUCCUCAGCAGCAGCAGCAGCAGCAGCAGCAGCAAGAAGAGAAGGAGGAGACGGAGCUACUGAACCCCCAACAGCAGCAGCUACUAGAGCAGUUGCUGCUACAACCUGCUGCGGAGGAGACCCUUAUGCAGCAGCCUGCUGCAGCACCAGCACCUGCAGCACCAGCACUUGCAGCACCAGCACCUGCAGCAACAGAAACUGCAGCAGCAACUGCAGCAAAUGCAGCAGCAGCAACCUCUGGCACCCCCUCCGUACUCGAAGCCCCACAGCAACAGGAACAGCAGGUAGACACACUUCAGCAGCAGCAGCAGCAGCAGCUGCAGCAGGAGCACCAGCUGUGGGAGCCUCUGCAGCCGGCGCAGCAGCAACUACCACAGCAGCUGCAGCAGCAGCAGCACAUGGAGCAGCAACAGAGGCCACAGUUAGGUGGAGAUGUUACUGCUGCACCCGCUGCAGCAGCAACAGCAGCAGCAGAAGCAACCCUAGCGGCAUCAGAAACUCAAUCCCAGCAGCAACCAGAGCAGCAAGAAAACCUGAAAGAAGAGCACCAAGAGCAAGAGGAGCAGCAGCAUUUGCAGCAGCAGCAGCAAGAGGAACAGCAGCAGCUGCAGCAAGGGGAGCAGCUACAACAAGAGCAGCAGCUGCAGCAAUCGCAACUGCAAGUAGCAGUGCAGCAGCAGCAGCUGCAGCAACAGCAAGAGCCGCAGCAGGAGCAGCAGCAGGAGCCGCAGCAGGAGCAGCUGCAGCAGCUGCUGCUGCAGCAGCCGCAGCAGACAGCUCCACUACAGCAAGAUCUCCUGCUGCAGGACUUCCCCGAGAUACCGCUGGAGCAACUGCAGCAGCAGCCGCAGCAGCACGAACAAGAGCAGCAGCAGCAGCAGCAGCAGCAUGACGAUCUACAGCAGGACGACCAGCAGCAUCAGCCGUUACAGCAGCAGACGCUGCAGCAGCAGACGCUGCAGCAGCAGACGCUGCAGCAGCAGACGCUGCAGCAGCCUACAGAAGAGCAGCAGCAGGAGCUGCUGCCGGCACAGGAACCAGCACAGCAGCAGCUGUUACUGCAAGAGCUGCAGCAGCAACAGGUGCAGCAGCCGUUGCAGCAAGAAAAUCAAUCGCUGCAAGAACUGCAGCAGCAACCGCCAACGUCACAGCUGUUGCAGCAGCAACCGCAGCAGCAGCUGCCGCCGCAGCAGCAACUGGACAACCAACUGACACAGCAGCCGCUCCAAGAGCAACCGCUGCAGCAGCAGGAGCUGCAGCAGCUGCAGCAGCCGCUCCAAGAUCAAUCGCUGCAGUUGCAACAGCUGCAGCAGCAGCCGCUGCAACAGCCUCUGCAGGAGCAACCGGUGCUGCAGCAACAGCUGCAGCAACCGCUGCAGCAGCAGCAACAAAUAUUGCCGCAGCAGCAGCUGCAACAGGAGCUGCAGCAGGAACUGGCUCCGCAGCAGCAACUGCAACAGCAGCAGGCCUACCCGCUGCAGCCCCUACAGCAGCAAACGCAAUUCCCACAACCGCUGCAGCAGCAACCGCUGCAGCAGCAACCGCUGCAGCAGCAACCGCUGCAGCAGCAACCGCUGCAGCAGCAACCGCUGCAGCAGCAGCCAUUGCAGCAGCAACCGCUGCAGCAGCAGCCAUUGCAGCAGCAACCGUUGCAGCAGCAACCGUUGCAACAACAGCCGUUGGUGCAGCAACCGCUGCAGCAGCAAGCUCUGCAACAGCAAGCUCUGCAGCAGCAACCGUUGCAGCAACAACCGCUGCAGCAACAGUUGCUGCAGCAGCAGCCGCUGCAGCAGCAAGCUGUGCUGCAGCAAGCUGUGCAGCAGCAACCGCUGCAGCAGCAACCGCUGCAACAGCAACCGCUGCAGCAGCAAGCUCUGCAGCAACAACCGCUGCAGCAACAGCCGCUGCAGCAAGAGCCGCUGCAGCAACAACCGCUGCAGCAACAACCGCUGCAGCAGCAGCCUCACUACCCGACGGACGCAGCGCUGCAGGAGCAGCUGCAGCUGCUGCAGGAGCAGCAGCGAUUGAUUUCGCAGCAGCUGGAGCAGCGUCAACAGCAGCAGCAGCAGCAGCAGCAGCAGCAGCAGCAGCUGAAGGCUCUAGAGGGGGUAUAUGGCGAGUCACCAGAUAUGCUGUCUUCUUAUCUUGAGGCGGCCCCCCUCAGAACCGCUCCUUUGCAUGCGCCUGGGGCCCUCCAGCAGCAGCAGCAGCAGCAGCAGCAACAGCAGCAGCAGGUUCUUCCCGACGCGCUGGCGGCAGCAGCAGAGUGGCAUUCGCAGCAGCAGCAGCAGCAACAGCAACAGCCGCAGGCACCGCAGCAGCAGCAGGGUUUGUCUCCGCAGCACCUGCUGCAGCAGCAGCUGGUGCAGCAGCACUUGGAGCAAGCGGGCUCUGAUCUGAGCCCUCCUUUAACUCCUCCUCUUCCGUCCCCUGAGGCAGCAGCAGCAGCAGACGCCGCCGCUGCCUCCGCAGCAGCAGCAGCAGCAGCAGAAAGCAACUCUGGUGCUGCAGGAUUGCUGCGGAUGCCCUUAGCAGCAAUUGAAAACACUGUAAACCAUCUGGGGCCCCUUGUGGGUUUACCUGUCUCCUUGGGGGCCCCCGACUCUGUUACUAGAAGCACAGAAUCUGUAGGGGGGGCCCUCAUAGGGGGCCCCCUGGGGGCCUCAUUGGGGGGCCCCCUAGGGGCCUCAUUGGGGGGCCCCCUAGGGGCCUCAUUGGGGGCCCCCCUUGCGGGUCUAGCAGCAGGUGAGCUGCUGUCUGCUCCUGCUUUAAUAAACGGGGCUACAAACUUUGCUGCUGCUACUAGUAAGAUUGCUGAUGCAGGUAACAGCAUUAUGAACUCCCUCCCGAUGGAGCAGAUGAUAGCAGCAGCAAAACAAGUGCAGCAAGAAGGCAUCAAAAACCAUCUGGGGGUCGAUGUUGAUGAUCCAAGGAUGCAGCCUGCUGUACGGUGUGCUGGAGCGGGGAUGACUUGCUGCGUCCCUGAAGCAGCAGCACCAAGAGACUGGAAGCAGAGACCUUUAACUUUAAAUAAUACAGCUGAGACGCAAAAACACUGCAGGGCUCACUUCGUACCCAUGCAGAAUGCACUCUGUGCAACCACCACCUACGAAGGUUUAGAUACAUGCGGAUUAAGCAAGACAGAGACCCACGAGUACGAGGUGUACAGACACACGAUUAGCAUGCGCUCUCGGGGGCAGAAGGCUAUAUGUGAGUGCCGUCGCCACAAGACAGGCCCUGCUGCUGCUGCUGCUGCUGCUGCAGCAGAUGGAGGAGAUGCAGCAGAUGCAGCAGCAGGACCUAUUGAAGCCUUUGCUGCCUGGGAGAUAACAAAAAAACAAAAACAACAAAAAAAAGAAAUAGAGGGGAGCACCGCUCGUAUGGCGCAAGGGCUUGGGGCGACAUUAAAGAUAGCUCAGCUGUUAAGAGAUAAAGCUCCUGAGGCGCAGCAGCUGCUGCAGCAGCUGCAGCAGCAGCCUGCAGCAACUGCUGCGCCUACAGCAGCAUCAGCAGCAGCAUUACCACCUUUAAACACUCCAGCAGCAGCAACAGCAAUUCCUCAGCAAACCAUCUUGCAGCACACAACACCUUCACUUGCUGCUGCUCCGAUAGCUCCUGCUGCUGCUUUCCCUGCUGCUGCAGCAGCAAUGCAGCAGCAGCUCCCACUCACCGCUCAAGGUCUUACUGCAGCAGCAGCACCACCACCUGCAGCAGCAGCAGCAACAGCAGCACCUUUCUUAGGGGGACCCACGAGGGCUCCGGCAGUUGUCUUUGGGGCCUCUGCAGCAGAUGCUGCGUUGGACGCCUCAGCAAACACGCUGCAGCAGCAGCAAGAAGUGCAGCAGCAGCAGCUGCAGCAGCAGCAACUUGUCAGCCAGCAGCUGCUGCAGCAGCACAUGCAGCAGCAGCAACUCCAGCAGCAGCCAUUCGGCUCGCCUGCUAACAGCGCUACGCUCAUUCAUACCCUUUCACUCCCGCAGCAGCAAGACUUGCUGCAGCAGCAAAACUUGGUGCAGCAGCAAGACUUGCUGCAGCAGCAAAACUUGGUGCAGCAGCCAGACUUGCUGCUGCAGCAGAACAUGCUGCUGCAGCAAGACGCGCUUCAGCAGCCACUGAUGCCUGAGAUGCCGCUUCAUUCAAUGCUGCCACAGCAGCAGCUGCUGCAGCAGCAGCCCACCCAGCAGCAGCGGUUUGGCGACCCUCUGCUGCAGCCGCAGCAGCAGCUGCCGCAGCAGCAGCUACCGCAGCAGCAGCUACCGCAGCAGCAGCUACCGCAGCAGCUGCAGCAGCAGCAGAUACCGCAGCCGCUGCAGCAGCAGCAGCAAUAUCCCCCGCAGAUUCAGUUGUUUACUUCGGCGCAGCAAGCUGAGCCGCAGCAGCAGCACCUAGCACUGCAGCAGCAGCACCCUCAACAGAAUGUAACAGCCCCGCCCCAGCAAUCCAUUCUGCAGCAGCAGCAGCAGCUGCAGCAGCAACCCGUUCUGCAGCAGCAGCAGCAGCAGCAGCCGGGGGUGCAGCAGAAGUCUGUUUUGUCUCUUCUGGGGGGACUGAGCCCUUCGCAGGCGAGUGAUGUGGCUUCGCGCGCUGCUGCUGCAGUAGGGGCCUUCAUGAGCAGCAGCAACAGCAGCAGCAGCAGCAGCAGCAGCAAGAAAGACAUCGAUUGGGUAGAUAGAAUUGCUAAUACGCUGCUGCAGGAAGGCAACAAAACACCAGCAGGCGCUGCAGUUAAUAGGGCCUUCGAUGACUUCCUUUCUGUUGCACAACGCGCAUAA